AUGGGCAAACGUAACGUCAGCGAGUCAGAAAUGAAUGAAUCGGCUGUUUCAGCCAACGGAGAAUUGGAAGCACCAACAACCGAAAAAGACGAAUAUCAAACACUUUGCGAUUUGGUCAACCCAAUUGCUCAACCAUUGGCUAACAGAAAAUUGGCAAAGAAAUUGUAUAAGGUGAGAAAGAAAACACAAAAAUAGACAAGCGGAAAAAAGUUAAAAUUUUGAGGCAUAACCUCAUAAAUAUAUUGUAAAUAGAAAAAGACUACGUAUCCAUGGAAAUGUUUCUUUUUUUGUAGCUCAUUAAAAAAUCAUCUGGAAACAACAAAUUGUUGAGAGAAGGAAUCAAGGAUGUACAAAAAGAAUUGAGAAGAAAUCAAAAAGGAAUCUGUAUUUUGGCAGGUUUGUUGGCUUUUACGACAUUUAUAAACAUCAAAAACAUUCGAAACAUCAACAACACUUUCGUGAAUCAUUCAUGACAGUUUAGCAACAAAAAAAUGAACGUUUGCAUGAAGGCUUAGAUGUUUCUCGUAAAAGAAAACUAUGACAAAAGUUCGAAUCAAAAAAUCAAAUUCAUCAUUAAAGUACUUUUUAAAACGAUUAAACGCGAGGAACUGUUAACGCCCCGAUAAGACUUAUUUCCAAAGUUGAAAAAUAUAUAAUUAUCAUCUAGAAAAAUAGGUUUUUAAGUUAUGGAAUUUUUGAAGGAACAACCCUAGAGAAAAGUAUGACAAAUUAUAAUCGAAUCAAUAUAGUGUGGCAUGCAAACAAUAAACUUACUUGUGAAAGCAGUAAUCAAUCAAAAUUACCAUGGAAAUCGAAAACUAAAUCUCGAUAUUUCAAUUCUCAAAAUCAAUAUUUUCCAGGCAACGUAUCUCCAAUCGACGUCUACUCUCACAUCCCAGGAAUUUGCGAAGAGAAAGAAAUCCCAUACAUUUAUAUUCCAUCUCGCGAACAACUCGGUUUGGCAGUCGGCCAUCGUCGUCCAUCAAUUCUCAUUUUCAUCAAACCAGAUGCCUCUUAUCAAGAAUUGUAUGACGAACUCGCUGAGCAACUUCUUCACUUAACUGUUGAAGUCAACUAA